AUGACGAUUAAUAACCUCACCAAUUAUGUCGCAUACCUGGAACCUAACGGUGGCCCCAGAAUCGGCCAUCUCGACUUCAGGACCUCAAUGGUUACCCCUCUAUCCUUCAAAUCCGGCACCCCAUUGACAAAUCUUUAUCAAGUCAUCACGGUCGGAGAGCAGGGAAUCAAGGCAUCCGGUGCACAAUCCUUCCUACUUUCUAGCGUGAAGCACCUCCCUCCCAUCUCGGGCCGCGAUGUACUCGCGGUUGGAAAGAAUUACGUCGAACACGCCAAGGAGUUCAACGCCUCGGGCUAUGAUGCUAGUGAUAAGUCCGAUCAGCCAACCCACCCGGUUAUCUUUACGAAGCGUGCCACUUCCAUCAUUGGCCCUGAAGAGCCUAUUCUCCUGCACCCCAAGUUCACCAGCACCGUCGACUACGAGGGUGAGAUCGGUGUCAUCAUUGGCAAGCCGGGGUUCCAGAUCUCCGAAGAGAACGCGUCAGACCAUGUGUGGGGUUAUACCAUUGUGAACGAUAUGACUGCACGUGAGCGCCAGCGAGACCACAAACAAUUCUUCCUCGGUAAAUCACCUGAUACCUUCUGCCCCAUGGGCCCCGUCGCGGUCCCUAAGGAGAGUCUCCCUGAGAACCUGAAGAUCCAGACUUUUGUCAAUCAGGAGCUGCGCCAGGAGGCCAGUCUAAGCGAUCUGAUCUUCAGCAUUCCUACACUGAUUGCUACCAUCAGUGCUGGCCAGACCCUGCAAACUGGCGACGUUAUAGCCACUGGUACCCCGGCUGGCGUGGGCUUUGGAUUCCGGCCGAUGAAGUUCCUGCAGACUGGAGAUGAGAUCAGCGUGUCUGUGACAGGAUUGGGAACGUUGACAAACCGUAUGGCGACUGUGGACGCUGCCAACACCACCUCGGAGUGCGCUGAGUCUCACAUUCCCGUUUCCAAUCAAAAGGCGCCCGCCAACUCGGGGUUGACCAACAUUAACGGCAAGCACCUCUUCUACCAACGACUGGGUUUGGAGAGUGGGCCCCCCGUAUUCUUCAUUCAUGGACUUGGGGGGUCUUCAAAUUACUUCUAUCCCCUGAUCACGAAACUACAGUCGACACACUCCUUGCACCUUCUAGACCUGGAAGGCCAUGGUCUCUCCCCGACAUCAGCACUCAGCACCCUCUCCAUUACCUCUUUUGCAGAUGACUUUUACAAUAUGUCACAGGUGGUUGGUGUCAACCAAGGCGUGACCGUAAUUGCCCACUCAAUGGGAUCUCUAGUGGCUCUCAAGCUUGCCCUGGAGCACCCUGCCCUUGUAUCCAAGCUGAUUCUCAUGGGGCCUCCCCCGAACCCACUUCCAGAAGCAGGUAGCCAGGGCUCCAAUGCCCGGGCGGCUCUCGUUCGGAAAGAAGGGAUGUUGUCGGUUGUGGAUGCUAUAGUGCAAGCUGGAACAUCAGCCUACGUACAGCAGAACAAGCCGUUGAGUAUUUGUGCAGUGCGGUCCUCGCUUCUCAGUCAAGACCCCGAAGGAUAUGCCAAGGCGUGUGCGGCGCUUGCUGGAUCCGCCACUGACCCGUUGGAUAUCAAGUCGCUUCGCAUUCCUGUGUCGAUCGUCACCGGUGAAGAGGACAAGAUCGGUACACCAGCGCUCUGCCAGAAAUACUCCGAGGCAACUGGAGGUAGUCAUGUCGAGGUGCUAAAGGAUGUGGGACACUGGCAUCUGUUUGAGGAUGUUGAGGGAACUGUGAAGGCAGUUUUGACGCAGAUUUAA